AUGGUGUCCAAGUCAGCUACCAUGAGACCAAGCCAGAUUCACAAAUUUAACACUGGCCUCUUUCAACUGCUUCUUUCUUGCUUUCUUGCUUUCUUUGUUGCCUUGUCAUUUUCAAGCAUGGAUGCUGGCUUAGCUGCUCGUCAUCUCCUGCAAUUUCCCUCAUUGCCUUCGGUGCCGAACUUGCCAAAGCCUGCACUGCCACCAAUGCUAGCCAUUCCAACUCUCCCACAGCCUACUCUGCCUCCACUUCCUAGCUUUCCCACCAUCCCUACUGUAACAAAAGUCAAUUUGCCUCCCUUGCCAAGCAUUCCCUCCAUUCCCACUAUUCCAACUACAAUUCCCUCCAUCCCAUUCCUUUCUCCACCACCUGGAAACUGA